CAAAGGUAAUGAUGCACUUUAGAAUUUAAAGUUUUAUAAAUUUCUUAAUGCUUUUGAAUGUAAAUGUAUAGUGAUGAUUCAAUUUUUUUUUUCUAGUCAUGAAUUAAGAAGGCACUAGGAUAGCUAAUUCUUAAAGUUCCUGUUAAACAAUAUACUGGAGCUUGGCAAAUGAAACCAUCAGCUAUUACAUGGAAUGAAAAAUAAUUUUCUGGAAGCAUUUAGUGCAUCAUCCUUUGUUAGCAAGAUGGAAGAGUUUGGUUUAAGAAGAAAUUUGUCUACAUAUAAAAAUCAGUUUGGCUAGUUAAGCCUGUGCAGUACUACUUAUGGCACUUGAGAAUUGAAAAUGGCUAUUGAAUAAGUGAUUGAAACAACUGUAUCACCUGAAAUGACUUGUAUAAGAAUUUUGGAAAGACACAAGUUUUUAAGUAACUCAUAGCAUUAAUCUUUUUCAUGUUUUAAAGAAUUAACUUUAAGAAUAGGCUUAAUGACAUGUUGUCUUAGCCCAUCUGUAAAUAUUUAAAAUGCCUGUCUUUCCUGAAAUGUAAGAAAGGGUUUAAAGGAAAUAGAGACCUGAUAUUGUGUUUCUUUGGUCAUUUAUAUAGUUUAAUCUGUUAAAUCUUCUUGUAACUACAAAAUAAUCCACUUUUUCUGAUUCACAGUGUAUAGUAAUAGGACAUUCCCUCUAUCUUAUGGUUUUUAGGACUUUAUUGUACCAGAUGAAUUUGUAAUAAAUAAAAUAUAUGAGAUAAUAAUGAGAGUUGUCCUUUGCUCAAGCAUAGCUCCUGGUAGAAUAUUUUAUAAAACUUAAGACCUCUUAAAGCAUUGCUGAUCUGUAAAAUGAAAGCUUGAAAGGGUCUGUUCUUCUACUUUGCCAUCUGUUCAUUUUACAGUUUAUUUCUUUUAUUAAUUUUUAAUUGACUUGCAGGUUUUGCCUUGGUUGUGGGCAAAGAAAAGCAGAAAACAACAUAUGGCAAAUACUAAUUACUUUGUUUAUGGUGUUACUGGACAUAGCUGCAAUGUGAUAACAGUGGUGGCAAUAUGGGGACUAAAUUCUUUAUUUUCAUACCACAUGACUUCUGCCUGAUUUAACAGAAAAUUUUCUGGUCAAGUGGCCUCAUUUCUUUCAGCCUCCCUGAAGGCUUAAGAAUUUGUGUUGGAAGAUCAGCGUGUCGAGUAAAAAAAAAUUCUAAGUGCACCAGAAUAUGGUGCUAUUUAAUGAUCAGGUUUGACUUCUGUAUAAUGAAUUAUGAAGACUAGUCGAAAACAGCUAUGUUUUGGAGGGAUUUUUAUUUGGGGAGCAUUCGUUCUUCUCUGGGAGUUGAGCAUUCUGUAAGCUAAGUUUGUUGCUGUGUUACUGGUAAUGACUAGAAUUAAUGUACAUAUAUACUGACUUGGUUAGGUAAAGUUCACAAUUCUGAAAAUAGACUGAUGUAAUGCUUGGAAACCAUAGUGAAGUUAAAAUACCUGUAAAAACUCUCUUUCUUUCCAAGGAUUCACUUUGGUAUGAAUGGUUCCAUGCACAUUAAUCCUGAUGGAAGCAAAGACAGAAAUGGAGCACAACCAAUUUUGGAGAUACAGUUUAUGGAGGAGACUGUUUGUUUUUGGGAUGCGACAGUAGAGUAUAGAAAUGCAGCUGAGUGUGAGCAGAAAGUGAGGAUGAUGGAAAGUUUGGAUGUCUGUUCUCCAAAGUUUAGCUUCUCGAGAGCAGAACGUGAGAUUAAGCAGCAGAACACUCGUAUGUUGUGUGAUGUGUUACUGGAUCAAGCAGUAUUACCUGGAGUGGGAAAUAUCAUAAAAAACGAAGCACUGUUUGAUAGUGGUCUUCAUCCAGCUCUUAAGGUUUGCCAACUAACAGAUGAACAUAUACGACACUUGGUGAAAAUGACACGUGAUUUUACCCUGCUUUUUUAUAAGUGCCGCAAAACUGGGUCUCCGCUCUACAGACACUACAAGGUGUACAAGCGCCCAUCCUGCAGGGAGUGCGGCAGCAGCAUCACCGUGUGUCGUUUGGGAGACCAUGACAGGAUGACUUACUUCUGCUCUCGAUGCCAAAAGGCGGAUCCCCAGCUUGUCAAUCUUAGCAAACUGCCAGCUAGAAACAGCCUAAUUGGCUGGGCAUAUGGCAGAGGGUCAUGUUCUAAUGAACAUAUAGCUCGGAAAUCUGAAGAGGAGUGGACAUGUAUGCAAUGCACCCUAAUAAACAAACCUUCUGCUGAAAUUUGUGAUGCCUGUUUGACUUCAAGACCUGAAGUUCCAAAGAUGGAGAAUUUUGAAGAUUCUGCAGCCUUUAACACGAACUUAAUGAAGUACCCUUGUAAUGAUUUCAGAAAACCGAGCACAGAAAUAAAGAUCAAUAGGAGAACUGCUUUUGGAACUACCACUCUUGUCUUAACAGAUCUUGGUAACAAAACUGUUUUGAGAAGUGAUACCCAGGUAUCUGAUGGACACUCUCAGUGUGUUGUUCCUAAAUGCAGUUGUAAACAGAUCGAAAGCAAUGCCUGCCAGUCAGGGGGAAGCACAGACAAGGACUGCUCAACACAUGUAACUGCUCUGGCUUUGUCCUCCUGUCAGCAACCUAUCUCUUUCAAACACAUACAGAAGAAACAGAAAACUGAUCAUGUACCUUUGGUUCACCCCUAUACUAUACCAAUCAGCGCACCUCAAACUAAAGUGACAGAUGACACUCGUAUGUGGAGCAUGGGGCAUCCUCGCUGCAGUAAACACAGCCGUCUCUGCAGCCUCAGAGUUGUGAGAAAGGAUGGAGAAAACAAGGGAAGGCAGUUUUAUUGCUGCCCUCUCCCCAGGGAAACUCGGUGCGACUUCUUUCAAUGGGCCGACUUGGAUUUUCCAUUUUGUAACCAUGGCAAGCGAUGUGUUAUGAAGACUGUGUUGAAGAUUGGUCCCAAUAAUGGAAAGAACUUUUUUGUGUGCCCUCUUGGGAAGGAAAAACAAUGUGGCUUCUUCAAAUGGGCAGCAAAUGGGCCAGGUAUUCAGAUUUUUCCAUGAUGGUCAUGUUACAGUUACCUAUUCUUCAGGAUGUCUUAAGUGCACACGACACUUGUAGUAAUUUCUGUUUUAUUCUGUCUUUUUCUCUGUUCACUCUUCAACUAGUAAAAGAGCUACUGUGUAAAAAACAGAUCUAGAAAGAGUAAUUUUACAUAGUCCUAUAAAAAUUAAACACUGCUU